UUGUAAACAGUCGGUGUUACAACAGCGCCCUCUAUCGGCAGCAAAAACACGGAAGUGAUGAGUGGCAGUGGGAGUGACCCGGAUGUAGGGACAUAUUAAACAGCAGACAGAACAAACAGCAUCACAGUCUCUCACUUUGCUCUACAAACAUGGCUGAUCAACUAACAGAGGAACAAAUCGCAGAGUUUAAGGAGGCGUUCUCACUGUUCGAUAAGGACGGAGACGGCACCAUCACCACUAAAGAGCUGGGAACAGUGAUGCGCUCUCUGGGACAAAACCCCACAGAGGCAGAGCUACAGGACAUGAUCAAUGAAGUCGAUGCUGAUGGUAACGGAACGAUCGACUUCCCAGAGUUCUUGACCAUGAUGGCCAGAAAGAUGAAGGACACGGACAGUGAGGAGGAGAUCAGGGAGGCUUUCAGGGUCUUCGAUAAGGAUGGAAACGGCUACAUCAGCGCCGCAGAACUGCGCCAUGUCAUGACAAACCUCGGCGAGAAGCUCACAGACGAGGAAGUGGACGAGAUGAUCAGAGAAGCUGACAUCGAUGGAGACGGUCAGGUGAACUACGAAGAAUUUGUACAGAUGAUGACUGCAAAGUGAAACUUCCUGCCAUCUUAGAAGAAAAGAAAUGUUUUAUUUACCUCUUCUGGAAAAAUAAUCUAAAAUGAUUGAGAAUUUUUUCUGUACAGAGAUCGAAUGUUGAAAUUAAAAUUCUCUCCACAAUCAAAGAUCCAAACCAAUGCAUGAAAGUGUCGUGUUCCAUCAUCCUGCUGACCCACUGUUAUUAACGAAAGAAACAACACAUACAUGCACACACACACACACACACACACACACACAGAGUCAGACAAACACAGACAGACACACACGCACAGACAGACAGAGAGACGCACAGACACACACACACACACACACACACACACACACAGAGUCAGACAAACACAGACAGACACACACGCACAGACAGACAGAGAGACGCACAGAGAUUGAGACACACAGACAGACACACACACACACCUGGUGCUCGGCUGACGUGGGACGUGACCUCAGCCUUUCUCUGGGUUUUUCUCCCCUUCCUGCAUGCAGAGUGAAAACGAACGUGACGUAAUGGACCUUUUCUAUAAGGAGACGAACCUGAUGUUAGACUUGUGCUGAUGUUAAAGCUCCACAUUUCUCACAGCGAUUACAGAAUAGAACUUAAUCAGUUUACAAAAAGUUUAUGGACAAUUAGACAUAAGGAAAUCGUGACCUUGUUAAAAUGUGAAAUAUAAAUGUGAGGAAAGUUCUUAAAGCCAGAAGAUGUUAAAUUAGGGCUAUAAUUAGAAUUAUUAGCACAAGUCUAAUGAUCUAAAGAUAAGGGACUGUUAUUAAGUGGUCAAAAAAAAUCAACCAUUUGGCACAAUUUAGGCUUGUUUUAAUUUUUUAGGCUUUUUUUGUAUUAAUUUUUGCUCAGAUGGUCACCUUCAACUGUGGAGGAGAAACUUGUCAUUAUUAUUAUUAUUAUGAUUAUGAUUAUUAUUAUUAUAAUUAUUAUAGAAUACAUUUUGCUCACUGAAUUCAGUUUAUUUCCAUUCCAACGUGUUCAUGUUUUUUCUUGCUUUUGUCAAAAUAAAACAAAACACAAUAAACUCUGUAUGUCUGUAUAAUAAUAAGUCUGUAUGUCUUUCUAGUUUUUGGUUUGUUUUCCUGGUGUUGCAGGUUCUGUCUGUCUGUCUGUCUGUCCAUCUAAGUGUGAAGCUUACAGUAUUAAUAAAGAGAUCUGUCUGUCUGUC